GUUCAAUACAAAAUCGUUGAUGUAUCGUCACCUCAGCGAUGAUCAUCCCCUAAAGGCAAUGUAUUGCGCUCUGAAAUUGGAGUGUCCCACUAGAUCGUACAUCUACGUUUUGGAGAAUCUUGGUUUUGACGUUCCUGAUAGUCGACUGAUGGUAGCAACUUACGUUAACGGAGAUAUUCUUCUUCAAUCAAAAAUGGGCGACAGUCAGCUGCUGAUAGUAAAACGGGUCAAAGAUACUAGUUUACCAAAAAUUGUGAAAGUGCAAGGAGGAAUUAAGAUGGCUGAGGAUGGAACAAUUUUAAAAGCAACAGAUACGAUUUCUCCAAAACGUACUUCAGCAAGCAGUAUAUUUACUGGUGAUCGCAGUUCAACCAAGAAUGCUAUUUCAGGACCUACUGAAGCCGGAGGAAUAGCUACUGCUUCGAUAAACAACACAGUUAAUGCUUCACGGGAUAGAACAGUACCAUCGAGUUCUCAUGCAACAAGUACGGGAACUAGUAACUCACCCUGUUUAAGUGAAGGCAGGAAGCUUGUACCGAAGCAAGUGAAUAGAGCAUUUGCCACCUCUGUUAGAAAAAUCAUAAAACUAGGAAAUGAGCCACCUUCUGCAACAAGCGGCAAUUCAGGCUUGGUUUCUAUAACACCAGAGCAGACGAAUCUGUCUCAAAUGUCUAAGACUGAUCCGUUAUCUACGGCCAAGUUGACAAUUGCUGGUGAAUCGACAACAGCAAUCAAUACAGCUGUUACGGAGACUUCUACUGCAAGCGUAUCAGCGAAUAGAACAGUUCCCCUUGUACAUCAUGACGCAGCACAGGAAGUGGGACAUGGUUUUAAACCUUUAGGACCGAUAAAACCACCGCAGAACAUUGUAAAGGUAAAAGACUUUGGAUUCAUAAAAACAUCCGUUGCUGAAUCUAAAAUGACCAAUACAUCGCAUCCAUGCAGUUCGCGUAAUAUUGUAAAAUUAACACGAUUAGGCGAUGGCACGCUGGUGAUAAAACUACCAUCUCCUUCAAAACCAGAAUCACAAUCCGUCGUGGGUGCGCCGGUGGAACGUUGUGCUUCAGCGCAUAUGGACGCAGCCAAGACUGAAUUAACUGAAGGGAACAAAAUAAACGCACCCCCUGGAGUUGUGCGAGCGGCACAGUCCGGAAUCAUUAACGCUAGUGUGUCUCAACAAACACUUGCUACUAAGAAACAGAUCCUCCCCGUCAAACCAUUACAGGCCGUUUUGGUUACUCCGGUAGAACAAAGUGUUUUAAAUUCCAAUGCAGCCAAGUCUAGCGAAGCGAAAGUGAUCAAAUCAAAAGCACCUACUGAAGUUGUGCGUCUCGUGAAAAGUGGAAUCAUUAAUACCUCUUCGUGCGUUUCAUCGUCAAAAAUCGUGGGCUCGGGGAUAGAAAGAAGUGUUCCAAAUUCAAAUACAACCAAGCCCACUGAAACGGGAAUAAGUAAAACAAAAACACCUACUGGAUUUAUGCGCGAGGUGAAAUCCGGUAAAACCGUUGUGGGUAGGUCGAUGGAACAAAGCAGACCAAAUACGAAUGCAGCUAAGCCUAGCGUGAUAGAAGUGACCAAUGCAAAAAUAUCUGCAGGAAUUGUGCGCGUUGUGAAUUCCGGAAUCAUUCAUACCUCUGUAGCUCCAGCAACCGAGAAGGAACAUAUUCUAACCUUAAAUCCGCCACAAAAUGUUAAUGUUCUAAAUGCGAAUACAGCCAAGUCAACGGAUGCGAACAAAAGAAAAGCGCCCACUGGUGUUGUACGCGUGAUGGAAACCGGUAUCAAUAGUAUCUCUACAUCGCUGUCAAAAAAUGUCGUGGUUACGUCGAUGGAACAACGACCAAAUUCGAAUGCAACAAAGCCCAAUUCAUCGGGAGUUAACAAAGCAAGAGCACGAUCCAGCUCUACAGCAGUCAAUCAGGACAAGCAUAUCGGAGCUCAAUUUAGAGGCGCUGCGAAAAAGAAAAACAAACGAAACGAAUGGAUGUAAGUGUUGAAAUUUUGCUGAAAGUUUGCGGAUCUUCGGAAAGCCUUUG